CUGGGAAGUGUGAGAGCGAGAAUGAGAGAAGUGGUGUGCAUGUGUGUGGAAGGUGAGUUCGAGUGCGAGGCUCCAGGAGAGACGAAGUGGAAGGUGUGUGUGUGAGCUGCCAGAUAUGUGGGAUAUGUGUGUGAGAGAGAGUGUGAGCUGCUAGAGAUGUGGGACGUGUGUGAGAGAGAGUGUGAGCUGCUAAAGAUGAGGGGCGUGUGUGUGUGUGUGUGUGUGAGACAGUCUGAGCUGCCAGAGAUGUAGGACGUGUGUGAGAAAGUGUGAGCUGCCAGAGAUGUGGGACUUGUGUGUGUGUGAGAGUCUGAGCUGCCAGAGAUGUGGGACAUAGAGUGUGAGCUGCCAGAGAUGUGGGACAUGUGUGUGAGAGAGUGUGAGCUGCCAUAGACGUGGGGUGUGUCUGUGUGUGAGUGCAAGAUGCCAGAGAUGUGGGAGGUAUGUGUAUGAGAGAAAGUGUGAGAUGCCAGAGAUGUGGGAGGUAUGUGUAUGAGAGAAAGUGUGAGAUGCCAGAGAGGUGGGACAUGUGAGAAGGUGUGAGAAAAUGUGAGAUGCCAGAGAUGUGGGACAUGUGAGAAGGUGUGAGAAAAUGUGAGAUGCCAGAGAUGUGGGAAGUGUGUAUGUGAGAGAAAGUGUGAGCUGCCAGCAUGUUGGUGUGUGUGAGACUGCAGUAUGUGUGUCUGUUCUAUGAGGUGCCUGAGUGUGAGAGAGGGCACUAUAUUUGGUGUGUGUGAAGAGGGGGCAGCUACACAAUGUGUUUCUGUAGUGGUAAAAAGAAAACUACAGGUCCAGUUUGGCACUUUUUAGGCCCCCUUUUUAGUCCUCAGAUGGGCAGUUUUUACUCAUCCUAACUGCAGUUUCACCCUACCCCAGAAAUGGAGUUUUAACUGACCAGCCAAGAAUUUUCUGGGUGGCACCAAUGAGGUAACAUGUCACAGGGGCCCUCUCCUAACCCCCAAAGGAAGAUGAGGUAAUCUACUUAAGAGAAAGUUAUCUUGCCUGAAACAAUCCUUUCUUUUCUUUUGCUCAUAACUUCUUGCGCCACCCUCCUUCCUGUAAAAAUGUCUGUUUUGUACAACUCCAUGGCACUCCCCUCUACUUGUAGGAUGGGAGGUAGCCCUGUUCUUGAAUUGAUGAAUAGAACCAAUUAGAUAUAUUUUUUAAUUUGGGAUUUAUUUAUUUUAAAAAAUGUUUUAUUUAAAUUCAGUUUGCCAACAUAUAGUGUAACACCCAGAGCCAAUUGGAUAUUUAAAUUUUCCUCAGUUGAAUUUUGUUCUUGAACAGUAUUUCUGUGUGACAAACCCAGGUGUCUUUGAAAGGGUCCAUUGAGAACAUAUGUGUUUGUGUGUGUGAGUGUGGAGUAUGAGAGACCAUCAGUUGGUGUGUGAGAGAGAGGAAAGCUAGUGACAUGGUUGUGUGUGAGACCAGAGAGCAGGAGAGAGACCAGGUGAACUGCCCAUUGCCCCUGAAGGCUUGCAGAUAUAGCCUCUGUUAGGUUGUGAAGUGUGUUUGAGUGAGCAAAACAGAAAUGGGAGGGCAGUAAGCCGUGUUAUGUGUGAGAGAAUAAGAUUGCGGGGUGUAUAUGUGAUGCUUGUAUUUCACCAUAUAUGUUUGUAUCCAGGUCUCUGAGACCAUGGUGUAUGUGACUGCCUACGAUGUGCCUGCCUUUGGGUGCUUGGGAUUCUGUCCUCUGUGGUCAGGAAGUAGUUCUAGGUAACAAAAGGAGGGGAAACCAAGGGACUUGAAGACAAAGGACACUGCUGUUCUCCAAGAGAGAAGCCAGGAAGGGAAGGUGGAAAUGACUGUUGAACUAGUAAAAGCCAUAUCCCAGGACUUGGUGACAUUCAAAGAUGUGGCAAUAGACUUUUCCCAGGAUGAAUGGGAAUGGUUGAACCCUGUUCAGAGGAAUUUGUACAAGAAUAUGAUGUUGGAGAACUAUCAGAACCUGGUAUCACUGGGUCUUUGCAUCUCCAAGCCAUAUGUGAUCUCUUUAUUGGAGCAAGGGAAAGAACCUUGGGAGAUGAAGACUGAGAUGACAAGAAGCCAAUUCCCAGAUUUGGGAUCUACAUAUGAGACACAAGAAUUACCUCUGAAGCACUUUAUGUAUGAUGAUGUGUUAAUGGAGAGAAUUACACGCUAUGGACUUGAGUGUUCUAGUUUCAGAAAAAAUUGGAAAUGUGAAGAUAUUUUUGACAGGCAGUUGGUAAGUCAAGAGACGUUUAUCAGGCAAGAAGUAAUCACUCAUAACAAGACCCUUACUAAGGAAUUAGAUCGCAAAUACAACAAAUCUGGGAAAUUUGUCUAUCUAGACAACGUAGAAGAAAAUGUUUAUAAUCAUAAGUUAGAUAAAAAAAGCUUUUCCCAAAAUUCUGUGGUAGUAAAACACAAGAGAGUCUAUUCAGGAAAGAAACUUUUUAAAUGUAAUGAAUGUGAGAAAACUUUUACCCACAGCUCCUCCCUUACUGUUCAUCAGAGAAUUCAUACUGGUGAAAAACCAUAUGAAUGUAAAGAAUGUGGGAAAGCUUUUAACCAGAGUCAACACCUUGUUCAACAUCACAGGAUACAUACUGGAGAAAAACUCUUUGAAUGUAAAGAAUGUAAGAAAGCCUUCAGCCAAAACGUACACCUUAUUCAACAUCAAAGAAUUCAUACUGGAGAAAAACCGUAUAAAUGUAUGGAAUGUAGAAAAGCCUUCAGCCAACCUGCACAUCUUGCUCAGCACCAGAGAAUUCAUACGGGGGAGAAGCCCUAUGAAUGUAAGGAAUGUGGGAAAGCCUUCAGUGAUGGUUCAUCCUUUGCCCGACAUCAGAGAUGUCACACUGGCAAAAGACCCUAUGAAUGUAUUGAAUGUGAGAAAGCCUUCAGGCAGAACACAUCCCUUAUUCGUCACUGGAGGUAUUAUCACACUGGGGAGAAACCUUUUGAUUGCAUUGAUUGUGGGAAAGCUUUCAGUGAUCACAUAGGCCUUAUUCAGCAUAGGAGAAUUCAUACUGGAGAAAAACCAUAUAAAUGUCAAGUGUGUGGAAAAACCUUCAGUUAUGGCUCCUCCCUUACUGUCCAUCAGAGGAUUCACACAGGAGAGAAACCAUAUGAAUGUGUUGUCUGUGGGAAAGCCUUCAGCCAUCAUGCAUCACUCACACAACAUCAAAGAGUGCAUUCUGGAGAGAAACCUUAUGAAUGCAAGGAAUGUGGGAAAGCUUUUAGACAGAGUAUACACCUUGCUAGUCACUUGAGAAUUCAUACUGGUGAAAAACCCUAUGAAUGUAAAGAAUGUGGAAAAGCUUUUAGCAUCAGUUCACAGCUGGCUACUCAUCAGAGAAUUCAUACUGGAGAGAAACCUUAUGAAUGUAAUGAAUGUGGUAAAGCUUUCAACCAGAGGGCACACCUUGCCCAACAUCAUAAAAUUCAUACAGGAGAGAAACCUUAUGAGUGUAAUGAAUGUGGUAAAGCCUUCAGCCAGACUACUCGCCUUAUUCAACAUCAGAGAGUUCAUACUGGAGAAAAACCCUAUAAAUGUAGUGAAUGUGGAAAGGCUUUUAGUGAUAGCUCAUCCCGUUCUCAGCAUCGGAGACUCCAUACCGGCCAAAGGCCCUAUGAAUGUGUUGAAUGUGAGAAGGCAUUUAGAACAAAAUCAUCCCUUAUUUGUCAUCAAAGAUGUCAUACUGGGGAGAAACCUUAUGAAUGUAGUGUAUGUGGUAAAGCCUUUAGCCAUCGUCAAUCCCUUACUGUUCAUCAGAGAAUUCAUUCUGGAGAAAAACCAUAUGAAUGUCAUGAAUGUGGGAAAACCUUUAGUCAAAUUGGACACCUUAAUCUGCAUAGAAGAAUUCAUACUGGAGAGAGAUCUUAUGAAUGUAAGGAAUGUGGAAAAGUCUUUAGACAAAGUGUACACCUUACUCAUCAUCAGAAAGUUCAUGCCGUAGAGUCAUCUCAGGCAUCCAGCUCUUCCUCACCUCAUAUGUCACCAAGCCCCAUGAAUAUAUCUGCUAGGAUAUAUUGGAAUUCAUCCACUUUUAAUCCUCAUUGUCCUACUCCAAAACACAGUCAUUUCACCUGUACUGUUCCAAUAUAAAAACUUGUCUUACAUCCUGUUUCAUUCCCUUCAAGUUCAUUCUUCACACUACUGUCAUGGUGGUCUUUUUAAACACGUAAAUGUAAUCAAACUACUCGCCUCUUAAAACCUUGAUUAUGAAAAUUUAAACUAUCUGAUGCGCAUGAAGUGCUUAGCAUGGUGCCUGACCCAGACUAAGUGCUUGGUAAAUGUUAAGGCAGUAUCAUUCAGAGCCUGCUUCAAAAUUACUUUUGAAGAGUGAAUUCUGGAAAGCAGUAUAUCAGUACUGGGAGAUUAUAAUAAUUUUGUAACUGAAACAUCUUAAGGUGGAUAAUGAGGAUUAACAUGUAGUAUUUUUUAAAGUUUGCUACUAGAAUAACAGUGGCUCUCUCAUGACUCCAAGGCUGUGUUCCCUUGUUGGUCAGAAAUUCAGUGUGACCUGGUACAUAGAAUAUGUUUUAGGAAGUAUCUAAAGCUCUGGAUACGACUGAAACAAUAGAAUUAGAAUUUAUUGGGAAGAAGAUAAGACUAUAGUUAAUAAAGGCAAAAAAAACUGAAAAUUCCUUAGUAUUUAAAACUGAAACAAUAGAGAACUUGAAUAGUUUAGCCCUAUUUUAAAACACCCAGGCUCACAGACUUAAUCUAAACUUUCAAGGAACUACUAAUUAAAGUGUUGUAGAGUAUAGAAAAAAUACUUAAAAUGUAAUAAUUUGAAGUAUUUGGAUAUUUUUUUCAUGAGGCUAAUUCAGUUCUGUUAUCAACCCCUCCCAAAUGAAAUGAUAGAUUAAUUUACUUAUGGUUCUAUAUAGAAAGGAAAUUAUAAUCUGUACUGAAGGAAAACGGAAGUUCUGAAUAAAUGGAGAUCCGUAUCUGUUUCUAGAUCUAGAUGGAAGUUUCAAUGCUAUAAAGAUGUCUACAUUCAUUCAGUUUCAGUCAUGAUAACUGUAGGAUAUGUUUACAUCGACACUUUUGUUCUGAAGAUCCUGUAGAGAGGUAAAUAGGCAAGCAUCAUAGGAAAUUUUUGGAAAAGAUCAUAUACCCAUGAAUUCAACUUAUUGUAAAAAUAGUAAUUUUUUAAGUUUCUACUUACUUAGUUUUAAGUAAUCUCUAUACCCAAUGUGGGGCUUGAAUUUACAAUCCUGAGAUCAAGAGUCACAUGCUCCUCUGACUGAGCCAGCUAGGCACCCCACAAAAGUGGUAUUUUUGAUUAUCAGUGGGGGAGAUGGAUUAUUUAAAUGGUGUUCAACAGUUAACCAACUGGAAGUAAAAUCAGAGCCACAUUUACUCCUUAAGGAGAAGUUCCCUGAAUAUGGAUUAAAGAUGUAAUAGGAAACACAAAAUUUUAGAAGAGGAUAUAGAAUAUUUCUCUUUGAGUUCAAGAAGACUUGGUAAGCUGGACACAGAGUCCAGAAGCCAUGAAGAGAGAGUGACAGGAAGGGGCAUGUAAAAGAUUUAGAUCUUUUCCAUGGUAUAAGGCUAUGCAAAGUUAAAAGGCACAUGACAGGCUAUGAGAUAUUUUAAAUGUAUAUGUAUUGUGAAGGAUAUAGCCCUUAUAAAAAAUGCUGUUGAAAAACAGCAAGGAUAAGAUAUAGUCUGACAAAGCACACCACCACCAAGCUACUCACAGUUGCAGAACAUGAAAUCGUCAAAUAAAAUAGAGGAAGUUCCUAACUUUAAUAAUGAUCAGAUAAAUUAAAAUUUCAAAAAGCCUUUGCCACCAUUAUAACCCAGCACAAACUUUAUGGAUAAUAUCCAGUACUGUUGCAGAUGUGAGAAAUCUAUUUUUAUACGUUGGGAGGAUAAAUUAGUUAAAAGCCAUUUUAGAAGCUAAUGUAUUACCUGUCAACAUUUUAAAUGUAACUAAUCACUUUGCUGAGAUUUUAAAUCUAGGAAUUUAUCUUCUUGCAAAGUACAAGUACAGAAAUAUAGAUGUAUAAGCACAUUUAUUAUAGAAUUGCAAGAAAUUUGGAGCAGCUUAAAUGUCUAGCACUAGUAAACUAGUUAAAUUACAGAAAAUUCAGUAGAUUACUCAGUCACUAAAAAGACUGAGGUAGAUUUUUCUACUCACAGAAAGACAUAAUUUACUAAUUGAGGGUGUAAUUUUCAUAAUUAUGAUUGCAUGGUUAUAUCAAAUAUUUAUAAAGUUAAACUUAUGAAAAUACAUACACAUCAGUUAUUUGUUUUUGUCUAUGAUACAAAUUAAACCCAUGCACACAGAAACACACAUAAUUUUUUCCCUGAUGUCAUUAGGUGAGGUUUUGUGUUGCCAGUUGCACCUGGUUCAUUUUAAUCCAAUCAGAAACUCCUUGGGACACAGGAGAAAGUUGAAAAUGAGUCAUUCUUUGGCCACAACUUAAAGAUAUUAUGUUCCUGCUGCUCUGCUCACUAGAGCUGACCUGUUUCAUGUUCUUUCCAAGUUGUAGCCUACUAGUUAUGUUGUUUUCGUUUUAAAAUUAGAUUAAGGUCUUUUGCUAUCAACCAAAGAAACCUAAUCAAUACAGAAGUUGGUAUCCUUGAAUGGAUUUCAGGCAAAACAUCCUGAGAAAAUGUGCGUUAUUAUUAAAGAUUGAUUAUAGGAUGAAAUGGAGCAAAGGAUUAUAAGGCUCCUAUUCAUAUUUUGUGCCAUGCAAAUAGCAUGCUUUGAUAGCAGCAGUAAAACAGUUAAUCAGCUAUGGUUGAGAUCAUUUUUAGAUCACUUAAAAGGACAAAAAAUGCGUCUGAGGGGUUUGUAUGAUGCUUGUUCAUCAUGGAAUUGGAGAUUAUAAAGCAAAAGCAAUAAUGACUUUUUAAAAUCUUUGCUUAAAGCAUGGACUAGGACACCAGCCAUUUUUGUAACAUAGUUAAAAGACUCUUAGUUGUAGUUCUUUGUCUAUGAUUGCUAUCAAAGAAUUAGCUACAAUGCGAAGUGAAUUCACAAUUGUGGCAGAUUUCGUAAGUAAAAUGUUUGACAUUAAGGGGCUGUUGGUAUCCUGGUUAUUGGAAUGAUGAUUUGUGGAAGAAUUUGGGGAUUAAAACUCUUAAGACCGUAAGAAACCUUAAGAAACCAUACCAACUAAUUAUCUGUUGCCUGAGAUAGCUGUGGAUGAAGGUUAAAGGUUAGCCUAUUUCCCUUUUAGCUUACUGUGGCUCCAUGAUUUAAAAAAGAAAGGGAAAAAAAAUCUGAUUCUAAAGUGACCUAGAGGUAGAUAAAAGAGAUUAGGGAAAGGUUGAGAGACUCCCCAAAGUAUCAACAUUUAUAUCAAAGUCUAGAAAAUGACUGGAAAAAUGGGUUUUAAUGGUGCUUGGCCUCAGAUAUUAAACAAAAUUUUGAACUGGGCUGAAUUUACGGUAUACACACAGGGUAUUACAUAUUUGAUGUGGUAAUUUAUGCAGUUUAUGCUCUUCUCAUAGUUUUCUGGGUAGAUUAAAUACAAAUCUCUUAAGUCCUAACUGAAACUAAAUGAUUUAAAUUGCAGAAAUGACCUUGCCUGAUACGCAGGAAGGAACUGAAAAAUUUGGGAUGCUAACCUUGUUUUCUCAUGCCUGAGUUUCUCUUACCUUGUCAUUAGGCUCCCUGAGACAGGGCCAAAAUGCCUUUCCUUGAACCUGUGCCACGAGAAAAGAAAGCAUUACUAUCUUUAGAGAGUACUUUACUCUCCAACCUUAUGAUGUCUGGCAUGCUGGGAAGGGAGUUUGCUUUUAGAAAGGGAUUUCUGAUCUCUAGCAAGUGGAGCAGCCCAGGGAAUGCUGAGCCCUAGCAGCAACUCAUCAGAAGCAGAGCAGUUGAUUUGGUGGCACACUUGGGCAGACUCAUUCUGGCUCGCAAGAGCUAAUUGUUAUAUUUUUAGGAGUUUUUGUGAACUGGUUGUUAAAAGUUAAAUGUGUAUGUGUGUUUAUAUGUGUGUAGACAUAUAUACAUGUAAAUACAUGUUUGUACUAGGUAAUGUAUAACAUAUUGUAUAUAUAUGUUUAUAGUCUAAAUUUAUACUAUAACCAGCAAGUUAUAUUAAAAACAGACAAUAGUUUGGAA